GCACGUCGUCCGGAGGCCCCAGGGUUAUGAGAUCAACACUACUCAGGACCUUCUAACAACAGGAACGGAAACAUGACCAAAUCAUACAGUGAGAGCGGGCUGAUGGGUGAGCCUCAGCCCCAAGGUCCUCCAAGCUGGACAGACGAGUGUCUCAGUUCUCAGGACGAAGAACAUGAGGCAGACAAGAAGGAGGACGAACUCGAAGCCAUGAAUGCGGAGGAGGACUCCCUGAGGAACGGGGGAGAAGAGGAGGACGAGGAUGAGGACCUGGAAGAGGAGGAAGAAGAGGACGAGGAGGAGGAUGAUCAAAAGCCCAAGAGACGCGGCCCCAAAAAGAAGAAGAUGACCAAGGCGCGCCUGGAGCGGUUUAAACUGAGGCGCAUGAAGGCCAACGCUCGGGAGCGGAACCGCAUGCACGGGCUGAACGCGGCUCUGGACAACCUGCGCAAAGUGGUACCCUGCUACUCCAAAACUCAGAAGCUGUCCAAAAUCGAGACACUGCGCUUGGCCAAGAACUACAUCUGGGCUCUGUCAGAGAUCCUGCGCUCAGGAAAAAGCCCUGACCUGGUCUCCUUUGUACAGACGCUCUGCAAGGGCCUGUCCCAACCCACCACAAACCUGGUUGCGGGCUGCCUGCAGCUCAACCCUCGGACUUUCCUGCCUGAACAGAACCAGGACAUGCCCUCGCACCUGCCGGCGGCCAGCACUUCCUUCCCGGUGCACCCCUACUCCUACCAGUCUCCGGGGCUGCCCAGCCCUCCCUACGGUACCAUGGACAGCUCCCACGUCUUCCACGUAAAGCCGCCGCCACACGCCUACACCGCAGCGCUGGAGCCCUUCUUUGAAAGCCCCCUGACUGAUUGCACCAGCCCUUCCUUUGACGGACCCCUCAGCCCGCCGCUCAGCAUCAACGGCAACUUCUCUUUCAAACACGAACCAUCCGCCGAAUUUGAAAAAAAUUAUGCCUUUACCAUGCACUAUCCUGCAGCGACCCUGGCAGGGGCCCAAAGCCACGGAUCAAUCUUCUCAGGCGCCGCUGCCCCUCGCUGCGAGAUCCCCAUAGACAAUAUUAUGUCCUUUGAUAGCCAUUCGCAUCAUGAGCGAGUCAUGAGUGCCCAGCUCAAUGCCAUCUUUCACGAUUAGAGGCACGUCAGUUUCACCAUUCCCGGGAAACGAACCCACUGUGCUCACAGUGACUGUCGUGUUUACAAAAGGCAGCCCUUUUGGUACUACUGCUGCAAAGUGCAAAUACUCCAAGCUUCAAAUGAUAUAUGUAUUUAUUGUCGUUACUGCCUUGGGAAGAAACAGGGGCUCAAACUUCCUGUUCACCUUAUGUAUUAUUUUCUAUAGCUCUUCUAUUUUAAAAAAAUAAUAAUACAGUAAAGUUAAAAAAAAAAGUGCACCACGAAUUUGGUGUAGCUCUAUUCAUAUCGUAUUAAUUAUCUGAUCGGUAUAACAAAAUCACAAGCAAUAAUUAGGAUCUAUGCAAUUUUUAAACUAGUAAUGGGCCAAUUAAAAUAUAUAUAAAUAUAUAUUUUUCAACCAGCAUUUUACUACUUGUUACCUUUCCCAUGCUGAAUUAUUUUGUUGUGAUUUUGUACAGAAUUUUUAAUGACUUUUUAUAAUGUGGAUUUCCUAUUUUAAAACCAUGCAGCUUCAUCAAUUUUUAUACAUAUCAGAAAAGUAGAAUUAUAUCUAAUUUAUACAAAAUAAUUUAACUAAUUUAAACCAGCAGAAAAGUGCUUAGAAAGUUAUUGUGUUGCCUUAGCACUUCUUUCUUCUCUAAUUGUAAAAAAA